AUGAACGCACAAUUUUAUGACACGGGAGAAAUUGAUAUCGUUCAUGAAAAUAGUUUUCAUAAAGUUGGAGAUUAUCAACUUCGCAUUUCGCAGCCACGGACAAUGGCUCCUACUUCUCAUUAUGAACAUACUGUGCCUUGUCGGCUUAUAGCAGACCCAAUAAUGACUGACCAAUUUCUGUUUGAUGUUCACUUUAAUAAAAGUUAUUUUGGACUAACACCCCCUGGCGUUGAUAUACCAUUUUGGGAUCAUUUAUGCAUUUUUUCAUACUUUUUUAUCAAAAUGAAAUCGUACGAUAAGGUCGACUCAUUUCUAAAACAGUUUUCCAUCGCCGUACUAGAACGAAGUCGAAGAUUUUCAAAUGAAAAUUUGAAUUUAUUCUUUCAAACUUGCCGUAAAUACUACAAUACAAUCGAACAAAAAGUUAAACAAGAUCUACUAGCACUUAAAACUCUCAUUCGUGUCAUGCGCGUUGUACCCAUUAAUCAAGAAAAUAUGAUUGUUAGAAGUGAAGCAGCUGUGUUCUUCGCAUCAACCGUUCUUAAAACUUUAUCAGAAAAAUGUCAGGCUCUCUGGUCAACGCUCAUCGACACAGAGUGGUCAUCAUUUCGUGAAGGUCUAGUAAUACUAUGUUGUAUAAAAGCAUUCUGGCAUCACGAUUCUGAAGAGGAUCGAAAUGAACCUUUUAAUUUACUUUCAAUGAUACCCGACCAGGAACAACGACAAGAAAUAACAGCGACGUUACUUAGUUUACUCAGUGACCUACGAUGGAUUCCGAGAAGAAAUCAGGAAACAGCUCUUUAUACAUUAGUUGGGCACGAUCAUCUUACAUUAGAACAUCUCGAAGUGGCAGCUUCACUCGAGACAUAUAUUAGUUAUCUGACUCAAAUUGUAACAACUCAUCCAAAAAAUGACAAUGAAUUGCACGAAAGGAUUCAUCUGCAACUUAAUAAAUUACUGACACAAAAUCGUUUUCCACUCGAACUUGCAGAUAUUGCAUUCGUUUUAAAUUAUAUGAAAACUCAAACGACUGAAGUUCAUGAUGAUAUUACCGAAGUUGCAAUGAAAAGAGUCAAAACUGUGUUUGAAAAAAAUGAUUUACUGUGGGACACGGUGAUCAGGAUUUUGAAUGAAAAGAAUAACCGUAUUACGCCAAAAGAAUUUCCAUUCAUUCAAAAUAUUAUCUUUGAUUCUUACAAUCCAUAUUUUUUGCAUGGUAUUAAUGUUCAAGAAUAUCUUAAGCGUAUGCUCAGCCGUCGAGAUGAUCGAACAGUAGAUUAUUUUAUUGAAUGGUUUCGAUAUUUUCUUUGUGGUUCUGUUCCAGAUUGGCUUGACUUUCAAAAUCUACUUAAUGACUGGACGGAAUGCUUUGUUUCACAAAAAGAUUUGUUCUCAAAAAUCAUUGAAAAAAUAGACGUUCUCGUCAAUUUGUGGAUAAAGGCUGCCCCACAAAAUAUUCAACGUGCAGUAUUUUUUCUGAAACAUAUGGUAGCUCAAUGUUUUCGGCAGGGUAAGCAUGAUUGCUAA